AUGUUUCAACGCCUCAAGGGCUCGCUCGACAGGGUCAUCGCCGAGGAGCAGGCCCGCCAGAAAGCCGCCAAUGAACAAGCAGGCGCCGGUAGUGGCAGCGGCAGCCCAAGGCAGUCGUCGUCCGUCUCGAGGAGCAAUAGCGCCGCAUCCACCGCCAGGAAGCCCAGGGCCAAGAAGCAGAGCCAGGAUGUCUCCAAGAACGACGACGGUGCCGCGAACCUGGACCCUGCUGUCUUCGAGGCCGCCUUCGUCAUAGACGACGACGAGCCCAGCCGCGCAACUACUCCAAAACCGCCCUCCGAUGACCAGGCGCCGCAGAACGGUGAUGCAAAAGACACUGGCUCUGCCAGCGGCGAGGCUGGCCCUGUGGCGGGAGCUGGAGACUCUGCGCAGCCCGGUAAGGAUGCCGAGGCGCGAGCAAAGGACGACGAACAGAAGCCUGCGCCGCCGCCUAAGAACGAGGCCCCCGAGCUGCCUGCGGACGUGCGCACCAAACUUCGGAAGCUGGAAAAGCUCGAGGCCACAUACCCAGAAUUGCUCCGCUCCUACCGUAUCGCCCACAGUCGAGCCACUUCCAUCGAGCCUUUUGAACGCGCUCUUCGCGAGAACACUCCUCUCACAUCCAUCAAGGACCCAACCGCGUUUCUCGAAUACCUCAACCAGCUGAACCUCAAGGGAGAUAUGGUCAUGGAGGAGUUCAAGCGUGUCUCUGCAGAGAAGGACGACUUCAAGAAGAAGAACGACGCUGCUGACAAGGAGAUUGCCGAGCUCAAGGAGAAAGUGGCUGCUCUGGAGGCUGCUAAAACCACUGAAGGCGGACCAGCUACGUCUGGGAAUGAGGCGAGCACGGCUGAGCCUGAGAAGGCUCAAGUCGCGACUCAGACCUCCCCACGCCCGUCAGACGUCAAAUCCCCCGUGCAGUCCGUUCUGGGCAUGUUCUCCCCCAAGCAGAAGCCAGCAGAGCCUAUCGAGUCUAAGAACGAAGAUGCCGAGGGGACCGGCGAGGACUUCUUCUCCUACGACAACGAGAUCCCAGAGCUACAAGCCGAGGUGGAAUCGAAGAACGGGGAAAUCGAGAAGCUAAACGCCCUUGUCAACGACCUCAAGACCGAGCUUGCAACUGCCAAGGAGAACAGCGCUGGUCUCGUUGAGAAUCUCGAGAAGGCGACCCGAGAGCUGAGCGAGUCGCGGGAUAGCGCGGCCAUGGCCGAAUCUUUGCAGACACAGGUUGAGGCACGCAAUAUCGAGAUCAAGACCCUGAUAGAACGCAUCGAGAAGCUGGAGGCACAGUUGAAGGACAUGCAAGCCCAGCUGCAGCAAGAGAAGGCGGCUACAGCAACGGCCAUCAAGGAGAAGGAGGAAAGACUGGCCGAGACAAGUGCCCUACACUCGGAGCUCGAGAGCGGGCUGAAGAAGGUCACGGAAGCCAAGGCCUCCCUCGACACGCGCAUCGUCGACUUGACAACAGAGAUCAAAACCCUGCGGCAGUCGAAGCUUGAGAACGAGCAGAAGAUUGAGGAGCUCAAUGCUCAGCUCCAGGUCCCGCAGGCGCCACCUACUCCGUCGACAACCACACCCUCCGAGUCUCUCGAAGUCCCUGCCGCGACGACGCAACCAUCCUCGUCCAACAAGAAGAAGAACAAAAAGAAGAAGAAGGGCGGAGCAGCUGGAGCUACGGCCCCUGCAGAGACUACGAACAAUGCUGGCGAAACCACGCCGCAACCUCCCGCGACCCCGAUCGACGGCCCUUCAAUCUCUGAGCUGCAGGUCGAAAUCGCGAGCCUCAAGUCCGAUGUCUCGCAGAAGGAUGAGCAGAUCGAGAGGCUGUCCAAGCAGCGCAAGACGGAAGAGGAUCUACGGGAAGAGAUCGAGACCCUGCGAGAGAAUAUAAUGGACAUUGGCGACGAGCAUGUCCAAGCCAAGGACAAGAUCAAGGGACUGGAGGCCGAGAGAAAGCAGCUUCAGGAGCGGAUUGCUGAGCUCGAGAAGGAGCUUGAGCAGUCCUCGUCGUCUGCGCAGACUAACGACAAGCUACAGGGAGAUUUCGACACCAUGAGACAGGAAUUCGAGGAUCUAAAGACCAAGUCGUCGACACUACAAUCUGACCUGGGCGCUGCACAACAGCUUGCGCAGAGCAGGUACAGGGAUCUGACCGAGCUUCGCGAGGUCCUGCAAAAGGCGCAGCCGGAGCUUAAGAGCCUCCGCCAGGAAGCAGCCACCCUCAAAUCUACAAGAGAGGAAUUGGCCGCCAAGGCCGCGGAGCUGCGUGCAAUGGAGAAACGUGAAAAGGAGCUCAAGACCGAGGUUUCACGCGCCCAGCGGCUGGCCACCGACCGCGAAACGGAGACCAAGACACUCCGCGAAAAGCUCACAGCAGAGACCAAUGCCAAAUUGAGCCUGGAAAACGCACAGCGCAUUUCGGGCCGUGACCUGCGCAGGGCGGAGACCGAGAAGAUCGAGCUCAGCGCCAAGGAGGAGAAGGCAACGCGGGAGUUGCAGAGGCUACAAGAGGAAAUGUCCAAACUACGCCCGAGGGUGAAGGAGCUCGAGGACGAGUGCACCAAGCUGCGCAAGGAGGCGGACAUUGCCAAGGAGGACUCGGAGCUCAAGACAAGCCAGUACACCAAUGCGCAGAACCUGCUAGGCAGCAUGCGGGACCAGACACACGAGCUCAGCAUCCAGCUUAAGGAGUCCCAGAGCCAAGCAGAGAGCCUCGAGGAGGAGAUCUCGGAGUGUCGCAAGCUGCUCGGCGAACGCACAAGAGAGGCGGAAACCAUGCGCCGCCUCCUCGCCGAGGCCGACGAGCGCGCCAACUCCAAAUCUAGAGAAAUGCACGAGCGCAUCGAAGAGGCCGAGAAGGAGCGCGACCGCUUUGAGCACGAGAUGCUGUCUUCUUCGCGGCGCGCGAACCGCCAGGCCGAAGAGCUCAAGCAGCGUAUCAAGGAGCUUGAGAAGGAGAGCAAGACGCUCGCCGAGGAGAAGGACGAGCUCGAACACAAGGAGCGCGAGUGGCGGCGCAGGAGGGAGGAGCUAGAGGCUGUGGAGUCCAAGGCAGACGAGGAGGUCAACGAGAUGCGGCGCACGGUGAACGACCUGCGCGCCACGCUCGAUGCGUCAGAACAGCAGGUGCGUGAUGCGGAGAAGGCUAGGAACGAGCUCCGCCGCAGUCUCGACGACUACAGGAUCCGCCAUGACAAGCUCGCCAAGGAGCUGAAGAUCGUCCAGGGCAAGCUUGCCGCCACCGGGGUGAACAGUCCUGCGGCCGGCAGCAGAGGCAGCAUGGAGAGCCAACGGAGCGGCGGCAAUGGCGCUGCGGCUGGAGGUGGUGGUGGGGGUGGCGUUGAUGCGGUGUAUCUCAAGACGAUCAUGCUGCAGUUCCUGGAGCAGAAGGACAACAAGCUCAGGGCGCAGCUCGUGCCCGUGUUGGGGAAGCUGUUGAGGUUUGACAAGUGA